CUCGAUCGGCCAUAAAAAGAAUAUUCUAGACCCACUACACACUAUAAAACGGCGCAACAUAAUUAUAACGAUAUAUAUUUUGUGUUUGUAAUAAUUUGUGAUCUCUGCUAAGACACGUUAAUUUUUUUGUAAAUUUUGCGUAUAUAUUACUGAAUAACAUCGCGCAAAUUGAUUUGGAUAUUGAUUAAUAAAAUGCCACCGAAAAAAUCGAACCUUUCCGCGAGUAGUAGAGAGGCACGGCGCAAACGUGCAAAAAGAAGUUUUCGGUCAGCACAGCAACAUGAAGAACAUGAAAGACAGCGAACCAGUCGCGAAUUACAACUUGGAUCAUUUGUUCGUCUUGCCUUUGAAUAUGCACCGGAUAUUAAUUACUCUGCGCAUUCUUUAAUUUCCAUCGGUGAAAUGAACAAAGUAUGCCAAUAUUGUCAGGCGUUGAAAUUCCCCAAUGAAACACCUGGACUGUGUUGCGCAUCAGGAAAAGUUGUACUGGAGCCGCUUCCAUCUCCGCUGGAACCUUUACAAUCACUUCUUGCUGGCCAAUCUGAUGAUUCAAAAUUAUUUUUGAGCAAGAUUCGUAAGUUUAAUUCUUGCUUCCAAAUGACGUCUUUUAGGGCAACAAAAAUUUGUGAUCUCACAUCCGAUGGUAAUUACUUCGAAUCUACAUUUAAGAUACAAGGUCAGGUUUAUCAUCAAAUUGGGUCAUUGAUGCCGAUGCCUGAUACUGAACCGAAGUUUCUGCAAAUCUAUUUUAUGGGAAAUUGUGAAGAACGCGUAUCAACCCGCUGUGUUCAUAAUUUUAUUGAACGAGCAGAUGAGAGAGCAAUUGUGGAAUCAUUGGAAAUUUUUUUAGAAAAUCGAAACCAACUUAUUCAGUUGUUCAAACGUGUAUCGCCACAAUUAUUAAACGACAACUAUCAAAUUGUUAUUAAGGCUGAUAGAGUACCAUCAGGAGAGCAUGCUGGAAGGUUCAACGCGCCCACCGUAGACGAAGUAGCAGUUAUUAUGGCCGGUGAUCCAGCUGACAGCCGAGCCAUCAAAAUUACACGUCGAGACAACACCAUAAGCAUAAUUUCAGACACUCACCGUUCCUACGAUGCACUACAAUAUCCGCUGAUAUUUUGGGCAGGACAGGAUGAAUAUCACAUUAAUAUUAAACAGCGUAAUUCAACUACUGGUAAAAUAUCAAAUUAAAUAUUUUUUGCCUAUUUUUUAUUUUUAUUUUAUGG